AUGAACUCAAUUGAAAAGAUGGAGACCCAUAAGUCUCCUCCAAAGAACUCAUCCCAAGAGUCCUCAUCCAGAGCUGGCAAUACACCGACCACUAAGUCGACAGGAGGGACGGGCAGAUCGACUCAAGACAGCCCACUGUCGGACGCAAACAACAACGACGACGAGAACUCUGUGGUGCAGCUGAAGAGCUCGGAGGGCGGUGUCUAUGUGUGCAAACUGGUGGGCGCCAGGAUGUCGCACGUGAUUAGGACCAUGAUGUCCAACAUCGACAUCAACAAAGACCACGAGAUAGUGUUGGGCAACGACGCCGUCACCAACGAGUCGCUCCAGAAGAUCAUUGAAUGGGUUGAACACCAUUGGGACGAUCCCGAGCCCGACCCGGACUUCGAGACAGAGGCCGACCGCAGGAGCGAAGAGUUGUCUCAUUGGGACAAACAGUUCAUCGAUGUCCAGGACUUGGGUCUCCUCUACGACAUCACGAUUGCCGCCAAUUAUCUGGACAUCAAAGGAUUGGUCGAAGUCUGCGGUAAACAUAUUUGCGGUAAAAUAAAAGGCAAGUCGUGUGAAGAGGUCCGGGAGAUACUGAACAUCACUAACGACUUCACUCAAGAGGAAGUGGACGCCAUUCAUGAGGAGAACCGAUGGAUUUACUCUUAA